AGCCCAUUUGGUAGGUACCUUUUAUGGCUGAGUGUACCUCCAGAGCAUAAAGUGACAACAGGCACGAUUAAAAUGCCUGCCUGCAUACGUCGCACCGCACAACGGCUGUGGAUGGGUGCAGCAACCUCUUUGUCACCUAUCAUAUUCGGCCUUUCGCGCAGCGUCUGUCUAGUUUUGAGCCCACCAGAGAAUUAUGGGCCCCGGGUUCCUAGCUUCCACGUUUGAACCCGGGGCAGGCCAAGCUGCGUCGGCUAGAGUUAUCAAAGGCAUCGGAACAGACGGUAGGGAGAGGCUCAUUCAGGAGGGCCUCAUCCAAGAGGGAGUCGUGCUGUUUGCAUGCAAUUCGAGACAGUGCCGGCGUCCAUUCGGCGACUGACCGACUCGCUCACAAGGGGUCUUUGCCGUGCCGGCAUUAUACCCAGCCCGUGCGCGAUCUGGACGUCCAAGCAUCCAUAGGAGGAGAUCGAUCGUGUCUUCCCUUAUAAGAGAGGGCCUGUAGAGGGCAUAGGGGGUGCGUGUCUUGCAUGCAUGCAAGACCUAGCCUCUCUGUUAGUUUGUACAAGUAUGCACACGCCAAAACAUGUAUGUCCGAAGCAGUCAUACUGUAUGUACAAACUUCUACCUAGUCACUGCAGAGCAGAUUGCCUUGUUUGCUGACCAUACAUGUAUCUCUGGCCAUAUUCGGAGCUGAUGAUGACCAGCCAUGAGCAGCCACAUAAGGGUACCGCUACCCGAGGCUCGUCCUGCCCUGUCCCGUACUACGACGAUAGACACGGCUCGAGAGCCACACUUGUGCGCUCGCCACUUGGAUCUGAGACCUGAGACCUGAGACGCCCAGAGACAGCUAGUUUUGGCACGGGAUGCCAUAGCUGGACUCCC